GGGAUAUGAUGGUGUACGAGAGAAGCCCCUAUAAAUGGACUCCAUUUGCCCGCCCUCCCCCUCGUCUUCGUCGCAAGUCCGGUCGCUGAGGGACAUCGACGAUGGAGUUGCAAGGGCGCAGCAGCAUCUCACUCCCACUGAUUCUAGCGACGUGGCUGCUGGUGGCGGCGGCGUUCAUCGGACCGGCGGAAUGCAUCAGAAGAAAGCGCCAGUUACCCGGUGGCAGCGAGGACGGCAAAGGCGGAGGGGUGGAGCAGUUCAAGUACUCGGCCGCCGCUUGCCGGGCCCACACGGCGUCCCUGUCGGACUUCGGCGGAGUCGGCGACGGCGCCACCUCCAACACGGCGGCGUUCCAGGCUGCGGUUUCGCACCUCAGCCAGUUCGCCUCCGACGGCGGCGGGAUGCUCUUCGUCCCCGCCGGUCGGUGGCUCACCGGGCCCUUCAACCUCACCAGCUCCUUCACCCUCUUCCUCCACCGCGAUGCCGUCAUCCUCGCCACCCAGGAUAUAAAAGAAUGGCCGAUCAUUGAUCCCUUGCCCUCCUACGGGAGAGGAAGGGAUGGGCCUGGUGGAAGAUACAGCAGUCUUAUCGGUGGAUCAAACCUCACCGAUGUGAUCAUCACAGGGGACAAUGGAACGAUCGAUGGGCAGGGCGCCUCGUGGUGGUCGCAGUUCCACAGCAACAAGCUCAAGUACACUCGAGGAUACCUCAUCGAGCUGAUGCACUCCGACCAGAUCUUCAUCUCCAACCUCACCUUGCUCAAUUCCCCUGCAUGGAACAUCCAUCCGGUCUACAGCAGUAACAUCGUCGUUUCCGGGAUCACCAUUCUUGCACCGGUUCAUUCCCCCAACACCGACGGAAUCAACCCAGACUCCUGCUACAACGUCCGGAUCGAGGACUGCUACAUAGUGUCCGGCGACGACUGCGUGGCGAUCAAGAGCGGGUGGGACGAGUACGGCAUCUCCUACGGGAUGCCGAGCCAGCACAUCGUCAUCAGAAGGCUCACCUGCGUGUCGCCGACCAGCGCCGUGAUCGCCCUAGGGAGCGAGAUGUCCGGCGGGAUCCGAGACGUGAGGGCGGAGGACAUCACCGCGCUGAACUCGGAGUCGGGCAUCCGGAUCAAGACGGCGGUGGGCAGAGGCGCCUACGUGAAGGACGUCUUCGUGCGGAGGAUGAAUCUGAACACCAUGAAGUGGGUCUUCUGGAUGACGGGGAGCUACAAGUCGCACCCCGACGACAAGUACGACCCCAACGCCAUCCCGGUGGUGGACGGGAUCAGCUACAGCGAGGUGGUGGCUUACAACGUCACCAUGGCGGCGAGGCUGGAGGGCAUCCCCAGCGCACCCUUCACCGGCAUCUGCGUCUCCAACGUCACGGUUCAGCUGGCGAAGUCGAUGAAGACGCCAUGGUACUGCGCUGAUGUCGCAGGGGUUUCGAGCGGUGUGACUCCGGCAGCUUGUGCUUCGCUCGCAGAUCAGGGGGCGGUCGCUGCGCCAUGCCCGUUCCCUACUGAUGCUUCGCCCAUGGAUGGCUUCCAACUCCAACAGUGCACUUAUAUAAAGUCCUACGAUGCUUGACCCUGUAAGUAUAGCUUCUCGUGUGUAAGUCAUCAGCACCUGUACGACUGCAGUGGAUCUUUACUAUGAGUGAAGACUUUACACAAUUCUACCA